ACUCCUCCUGUCUCAGGUCUCCUCUCUCACUUUAUUCUUAAUUUUCUGAAUGUUGCGGAGAUCUUUGCUUGACUUAACAGCAGAUCUGCUUUUAUUAAGGACGACAGGGCUUUGCGGAUUGUUUCAAACCACAUGUUUUUGCAUUAAUACUCACUGAUUUUGCGCGUAGCUGCAUCCAAACUGUCAUUAUCCCUUCUAUCAACACGGAUGUCCAGCUUCAAGCAGAGGAUAUGUACCAGGGCAUAAUGACAACCAACCACGGACCCCCUUCUUAUGAGGCCGGAUUUCUCCACAACGCCUCGGCGGGCACCUCUCCGGUUUAUGUGCCCACCACCCGGGUCGUCACCCCGAUGAUCCCGGCGCUGCCUUACCUCCAGACGCCCGGUGCGUCGCAGCAGAGCAGCCCCGCGUCGAGCCACUCUGCUUGGGCGCAGCCGGGUGCAGACUCGGUGCCCUCGUACAACCACUCCCCGGUGUCUCCGCGUUUCACCUUCUCCACCAGCCCGCCUCUGUCCUCCGGGGUGGCCACGGCCCGGGAGACGGCAGCCUCUUACACCAGUCCGCUAAACAUCUCUGCAAACGGGAGGGAGCACUACGGCGCCAGGGGCCUCGGCGGGUCGUACCACAGCCCCUACCCGGCCUACAUGAGCCCCAACGUGGGUGGAACGUGGCCGGCGUCUCCUUUCGAUAGCCCGGUCCUCCACGGUCUCCAAACUGGUGCUCCUCCAUGCGCAGCACGGCACCCAAACAUAGAUUUGUUUGAUGACUUUGCUGAGGGGCGAGAGUGUGUGAACUGCGGGGCGAUGUCGACCCCCCUGUGGAGGAGGGAUGGUACAGGCCACUACCUGUGUAACGCCUGUGGGCUGUACCACAAGAUGAAUGGCAUCAACAGACCUCUCAUCAAACCCCAAAGACGACUGUCCGCCUCGAGGAGGGUGGGCCUGUCCUGCACCAACUGUCACACCACAACCACCACCCUGUGGCGACGAAACGCAGAGGGGGAGCCAGUCUGCAACGCAUGUGGCCUCUAUAUGAAACUCCACGGGGUACCCCGACCCCUGGCUAUGAAGAAAGAGGGGAUCCAGACCCGAAAACGCAAACCCAAGAACCUCAACAAGUCCCAAACUGGGACUCCAGGCAGUGAGGGGACUCCAGUCACACACAGCAGCACUCCCCGCGCCACCGCCGCCGCCGAGGAGCCUCGUCAGAUAAAGACAGAGCCGGAGACUCACAGCUUGUACACACACCACAACACACACACACAGAUUUCAGCCCUCCCAGCUUACAUGGCAGCUCAAGGAGGGGCCCUUCCUCUUAAGAUGUCCCCUGGGGGCCACAGCGGGUCUUCUGGCUCCAAAGCUGAGCCCUGGAACAACCUAAUCCUGGCUUAGAAGACCAGCAUCUCAAACCAACUCAUCUAUACAGAUUAAACUCUCCUAGCAGACUAGAGUCUGGGGAAAGCGGACUGCUGCUCUGGGUGCAGAUGAUCCCACAGCCUCCUACAAGGCGUAUGUACAGUGCCUUCAGUGCAAAGAUCUGGGACAGAAAUACGGGAGCCACUACAGAAAUGGAGAUCUUAAACAUCACCGCACAGAUACUCUGUGUACAAUCGCAGCAGUCAGGGACUCGAACAGAGUUUGUGUUAGACAAUCGUGAAAGAGCAGCUCUGUGAUUAGAUUCACACGACAAGUUCUGAUAUGAAAAACUGCAGCUGUGAUAGAAGAUAACUUUUUUUCUUGUCACUCUCAUGUGCCGUGCCAGUGCUCGACUAAAACUGUAACAUGAGCCAGUGACAAAUAACAGUGAUGGUCAGGCGUUUAUCUCCCUGAGUUAUUUUUAUCUCAGUAUAUUUGUCUUUUCUUCAUUUUAGUGAUUUGAAUAUUGUUAUGGAAAAUUUGCCAAAGAAAUGAUGACAAACAAAAUGUGCAAACAAUCACAGCAGGACAUUUUUUUGACAAAGGCAGCACCAUGGACGUGUUGUAGUGGGUGUGCUUAAAGGGUCAAUUUGUUUAAAUAAGAAAACUAACAAUUAUAUAAUUUCACACACAGUGGAAAUCCACAUUUGUAAGUGAUGUUUGAAAAACUCAGUAGCAACGUCUCAGGAUGGGACAAAACGUGCUGGUAAUCCACAGACCUCAGUGUGGUCAGUUUUCAGUAUUUUGUAUGUGACUUUCUGUGAUUUAGUCACUGUGAUUUAGUCUGGUACAUUGUUUUGAUAAGACAUGUUGCCACUGAGUUCUUCAAAUGUUUAAUUAUUUAUAAGCUCCUCAGUUGUAAUGGGGGUAGCAGCAGAAGUCUUAGCAGCUUAUACGUCCACACCAAGAAAACACAAACCAUUUACAUGGCAGAGUGUCACUGGAGGUCAACGAGUUUUCUUUUGUGUGUGGUUUGGUUGAACUGAUCCUUUAAAUAUAAUCCACUACAGGUUUAGGUUUAACCACCUACUCUUUAUAUCCAUGAAAGUAAAACUGACCUUUCGCCUCCAAGUAAUUCUACAAAGACAAACAAGUCAUAAUUAUUUCUUGUAAAGCCUCUGUAACAGAGACAGAAUCGCUCUUGACACCCAUCACUCCUCAACACCAGUGACAUGAUCUACUCAAGAGAGUGAAGUCAGUACUGACAGUUGAAAAAAUACAUGAUAACCAAUAUGAUGUGGAUGGAAUUACUGUCACAUAGCUCCCUCUGCUGACACAAGUGCAGAUGUGCAUCCACAAGCAGAACUUCUUUAAUACUUAAGGGCCAUUCCAAGAAAAAAAAAAAAAAGAAAAAAAAAUCCUGCUACUAUUUAUUAUUAUAGACACAACCCUAAACCCCAUUAUCAUCUAAUCAUCAUCUGUGAAAUGAAGGUUGUUUGAUGAACUGUAUGAAGGAGUACUGUAUUAAACUGUACAGUGUGUUAGCAAUACUGCUUUAAUUUGCUUGUGACAAGCAUGGAGGCGACGUGUGUAAAUGUGGGACACUGCCACGUGUAAUUACCAAAAUAACAACUAUAUGAGCGUAUAUGUAAAAACUCCACUCCAGUAUAAUUGUGUAAUACACUAUUUGUGAUAUAUUGUAAGUAAAGACACAGUGAGAGAUGAACAUGUGUAUUUCUCUGUGUGCACUAACACUACCUGGUGCCCUUCCUCUGUGUGCAACUGUAGCUCUACUGAGGAACCUA